AUGUUCGAACCCCUCGUCUGCAUCGUCGACUUCCAUCACGCCCGCGGCCCGGAAAUCCAACAAUGGUUCGGCGCCUCCACCCCGGACCCCACGAGCGAGAACGACUGGCACCUGAUCCCCUACAUGGCCCUGCCGGACGGGGCCCACCAGUCCGCGGAAGAGUUCUCCUACUUCAGCCUCGUCUACAAGGGCCGCGCGGGCGAGGACGUCGAGCCCACGUCCGUAUUCGGGAUCAGCUGUAUGCACCAGAUCGACAGCGCGGAGCUGCUGUACCGGAGCGAGGAGGUGACGCGGAGUGCGGUGCAGAAGGCUGUGGUGGCUAUUACGGAUAAACCGCAGGACUUUAGUGGGAUCAGAGCGAAGUUGAGCGCGGUGACGAGGGCGUGGUUCGCGCAGAGGGAUUUUAGGGAUGUGGAGAUUUUGGAGAGGUUCCAGGAGAGUUUAGUGAAGGAUGAUGUUGGGCAUGAGGAUGAGAGGGAUCAGCUGUUUGGGUUGAGUCUGAGGGAGCUGGUGCAUACUUUCAAGUGGCAGACGUUGGUGUUGUUGAAGGCGAUGCUGUUGCAGCCGAAGAUGCUGUUCUUUGGGUCGCAUUGCGAGAGGGUGUGCGAGAUACAGUUCUCGUUGCUAUCGCUCAUACCUGGGCUGGUGCGGAGUCUGCAAGACUGCGCGGACCCGCAGAUGGAUCGCUAUGCUGAGACGGUGAGGAAGCCUGAUUCUGUCCGGACGAGCGAUCGUGCGUCCAUGCUCAGGUUCAUGGGCAUACCGCUGCAAUUGUUCGGGAGGGGAAGCAUCUUCGGCCCGUACACCCCUUUGCAGCAGCUCGAUACUUUGACAGACUUGGGCACGAAGAGCUACAUUGUUGGCAGCACGAAUACAUUGCUGUUGCAGCAACGAGACCGAUAUUGCGACCUCCUGGUGAACCUCGACGACAACAGUGUGACUGUCAUAUCCAUGGCUCUGCGAUCUGCGCUCGCCCUCUCCACUGCGGAUAGGCGAUGGAUCGACUUCAUCACGCAAGCAGUCAACGACACCUGGGACGACGCUGAUCCGACCAGACCCACGACCUACGGCUACGCUGGAAGCGAGGAUUUCAUUCGCCUGCAGUUCGAAGAGUAUCUGCUCGCCAUGCUAUCCUCCAUGAAGUACCACUUUUACCUCGACUCCCACAGCGAGGGCGACCGAAAGGCUCUCCUCGCAAAUGUUGAAGGAGAUCCUGCCAUGGAGUUCUCCACGCAUUAUCUCGACGCAUGGCAGAACACAGAGAACUUCAAGCUUUGGCAGAGGACGACCGAGAGUCAUCUCUUCGAUGUCGUGGAGCCGCGGCAUCCUUGUGCGGGCGGAUUGACGAUUGAAGAUGUUCAGAGGCGGCUGGCGAGUCAAGUCGCGGAGCUACACUUGGACGAGCGCUUCAGCCAAACGAAGGAGACGGUCAACAAACGCUUAGCGGACGGCCGAACACAGGUCACGUCCGCCUUCAACAAAGUCUGGGCGGACAUCGAAGUCAUGCGCGAAGCCCAGCGCAAACGAUCCGAAGAGGCGAAAGCUGCUGCUGGGUCAGCACCGCCCGUUUCAGAGAAGUCGCCAGCUGGGACCGCCAAGUUCAACAAGCCAGACAUGCAGCAGGCGCAAGCGUCCGUGGCCGCGGCAAGUCAACGAGCGGGAGCAUAUCUCAGCUCCUGGGGCGCGUGGGCGAGCGAGAAGAGGAAGAGUGGUUGGAGGUCAAGCUCGGGAUCAGAGCAGGGAGGCGAUCAGAGGCCGAAGGUGACGACCGUUAGUGAGCUGUCGAAGGAGAAGGACACUGGACCCGCUGGGUCUGGUGAAGCAGGGCCGGCUGCUGAUGAAGAGGCUACUGAAAAGAAGGGUAGUAUAUGA